GCUCCGGGCCGCAGCGCGAGGGCAGCAAGGGGCGACGGGGACCCGGCACCGGGCGGGGCCGGCGGCAGCGACCAUGAUCGCUUUGUUCAACAAGCUGCUGGACUGGUUCAAGGCCCUGUUCUGGAAGGAGGAGAUGGAGCUCACGCUGGUCGGGCUGCAGUACUCGGGCAAGACCACCUUCGUCAACGUGAUCGCGUCAGGACAGUUCAAUGAGGACAUGAUCCCCACCGUGGGUUUCAACAUGCGUAAAAUCACCAAAGGGAAUGUGACCAUCAAGCUCUGGGACAUUGGGGGACAGCCCCGUUUCCGCAGCAUGUGGGAGCGCUACUGCCGAGGAGUGAGUGCCAUCGUGUACAUGGUGGAUGCCGCUGACCAGGAGAAGAUCGAGGCCUCCAAGAAUGAGCUCCACAACUUACUGGACAAGCCUCAGCUGCAGGGUAUCCCGGUCUUAGUCCUGGGUAACAAGCGAGACCUCCCAGGAGCAUUGGAUGAGAAGGAGUUGAUUGAAAAAAUGAAUCUGUCUGCCAUCCAGGACCGAGAGAUCUGCUGCUAUUCCAUCUCCUGCAAAGAAAAGGACAACAUUGACAUCACCCUACAGUGGCUUAUUCAACACUCAAAGUCACGGAGAAGCUGAGACUGUGACCCUCUCCCUCGGACCAAGGACCAGGGACCUUCGUCUUGUCAUCCAAACCUGAAGCCGAGCUCCCCGCCCACCCCUGUCGCCCCCUAAGCCUGCCCUCCCUCACUCAGUGUGGGGAGGGGCCCUCUGGGGAUCCCAGAGUCCUGUUCUGCUGAGGUUUGAACUCUUGUUUUUAUUGUAAAAUAAAUCACCCCCCAUUUGGUUCCCCUAACUUCUCGCUCUUCCCCCCUCCCUUUGCCCCUUCACCGGCCAUGAAUCCCUCCCCUCUCGACUGCCCCUGCCCCAUGCCUGUUCUUCCCUCCUCAACACACUUCUGUUGUUGUCCUGUGUGUACAGUAUAUAUAUGUAUAUAUAUUUUAAUUUUUUAAUUUAAACAAAGACUAAAAUCAACCAUUUGAUGCUGCAGGGGCCGGUCAGGAUCUGGGAGGGGGGCAGUCUGGAGAGAAGGAAAGAGAUGCAGGGUGGGCUAGGGGCAAGUUCAGAAGAGGAAAGGUGGAGCUGACAGGUGGGGCAGGUACCAGCCUGGGCACUGGUGGCCAUCCCCGUGACCCGCUGGUUUCCACCUCUCAAUCUGGCCUGUCACUGCAGGGCUGGAAUGCCACAGGCUGCCAGGAGCCUCCAGAGGCACCUCCUCUGUGUCCCAGCCUUGGUAGGGCCACCAGGCACACCCAGGUGCCAAGACCACCAGGCCUAAGGGGCAGGAAGCCAGUGUCCCUACAGCCCCAGCAGCCCCCUCCUGCCUGUCCCUGGCUUCAGCUCCUGUUCCGACCCAGGGCCUCACCUCCACGGCCCACCUCAUUUUCUGUUCUCAUUUUGCAGAGUUGCACAAGGAGAGAGCUCAGCAUGGGGGUUGGUUCUUUGGGUUUUGUUUUUCGUUUAAUUUAAUGAUUUGUAAAGUGAUGUUCCUCUUCCUUUUUUUACACUUUUCAGCUCAUAUUUAACAUCUGUUUGGAAAAUGAUUCUUGUAACUGUACAUUUUUUUGCCUCCUGAUAAUAACAACAAAAAUAAAUUACCAAUUUUGUGUUGGGGGGCUGUACGGGGCCAGUUAUUUCUCCGUAGAUGGCACGGAAUGGCUAGCACGCCCACGGGGACACCAGCACCCCCACCCCGCACCCGCUGAGCACAAACAGCACCAGAAGGACACGCCCACCAAGAGGGAGGCACUGGAGGCACGUGCUCCCGCUGGGGACACAAUGGCGCCUCACAAAACUCGCCUGCAUGUGGAGGGGGGGCUCUUGCUUUUCCUCCGUGUCACUCUCUUUUCUGAUUUGCAUGUUGUCCCAGCUUUCCGGCUCGCGGCUGCCAAGUGGAGCUCAGGGGGGAUCUCUUCUGGGAACUUCCCCGCCCGGGACUCGGAUCAUCGUGGCAGGAGGCCGGGGUGUGUGCCCUGGUUUGUGAGGUGACUGAGCCUCUGUCUCCUUUGACACGCUCAGUCCUCUGCCCUUUCUCUCCAGGUCCGGGACCUCACCUGCAGCCAGGCUUGAGCAGGAGCCUGAACCCUGUCCCCACCCCGUGCCAGUCCUCACCCUGCAGCCAGCUAACUGUCCUCCAGGGGGCAGUGCUGGGCCUGCGGAGCCUGCAUGGCUUCUCCUCCAGGGCCUUCUCUGUGGGUGUCAAUGCUGCUGGUUUCCUGGGAGGGACCUUACCCUCACUCCUGGCCAGUUGUAAUCCCCCCUUGCCCCUGCUCCCUGUCAGAGGCUCCUGGAGGUCAACAGCCAGCCCCUCUCCACGCUGCCCACGGCUGCUGCCUCAGAGCCUGCUGGGCCUGCUCCCUCAAAUCCGAAGCCAUCUUGACCCAGUUUUACAGUAAGCCCCGCCUCUUCCCUGCUCCGCCUCCCUCAGCCUCCCUUUCACCCUAGAAAAUGGAGCAGGCCCCUGUAGAACAGCCCACCCCUCCACCCUUGGUGCUGCAAGGAAAAGGAGCCACAUUUUUCCUGACUUUUGGAAGCUGUAGUGCCUGGCAGUGAGGCUCUCUGGGUUCCUUCCCUGUUGCACUCAACUUGCCCUCCCCCUCACUCCUCAUUUGUGCCCAGGGCUUCCUUGUGGAGGCACUUUCUAAUCAUCAGAGUGGUUAGAGAAAAAUGCCUUGCCUGAGAGGAAGUUCCCUGAUACCAGGAGAGCUUCAGGGAAGAGUGCAUGGACUGGAGCUAAAUGAUUUUAGGGUGCCUUCCAACACCUGAGGAAUAUGAACCCUGCCCCUUGUUGAGGAGGUUGAAGCUGGGCUUUGUCCCCAGCCACCUCCUGACUGCCAGGGUGGCAGGGUUUGCCCGUGGCUGGGAGUCUGGGGAACAGGCAACAGUCCUUCCAUCGGGGGAGCGGGAAGAGGGACACUUGAGGGCUCCCCAGCCUUCCUGUCAUCCUUGGACAACGGACAAGGUUUGAGCUGUUACCAGGAAGCAAGCAUCAUCCUACCACUGUGCCUUGUGGAUUGUUGUUAGCCACCAUAGGGUUGGCUCCCAGCUCAUGGCAACCCCGUGCACAGUGGAACAAAAUGCUGCCCGGUCCUGCGUCAGUCCCAGGAUCAACUGUGGCUCAGACCGUUGUGAUCCAUAGAGUUUUCACUGGCUGAUUUGCAGAAGGAGAUUGGCAGGCCUUUCUUCCUAGUCUGGAAGCUUCGCUGAACCUGUUCAGCAUCACAGCAACACUCAAGCCUCCACUGACAAACAGGUGGUGGCUGAGCGUGAGGUGCACUGGCCAGGAAUCGAACCCAGGUCUCCUGCAUAGAAGGCAAGAAUUCUACCACUGAACCAACACUGCCCCCAUGCCACCUAAUACGACUGAAGGAAUGUGUUAAAGUUGAAUGGAGAACAGGCCGUGAGUAUGUGUAAAUCAUGUUUUUGGCCCACUGAACUGCCAAAACCUUGAUGAGUUCAAGAGUAUCCUGGCCAAGCCUGCUCUAUGGUACUAGAGAAUUGAAUUCCCAAAGGGAAAGAAGGAAGAAAAGAUGCCAGGCAUCUUGCCAGAGGCAUUAUAUAUCUUGUCUUAUUUAAUGAUUUCAGCCCUCUGUGAAGGAGGGAUCAUUUUUGGACAGAUGAGGAAACUGAGGCUGAGGGCUCAGUAACUUAGUUCAGGUCCCAUGAUAAGUGGGGUUCAGUGAGGUGAUUCUCAUUCCAAAGUGUGUGUGAUUUCCUCCGAGCCGAGGUAGGGGCUCAGUGGAUUCACCCCACAGCCCCAGCCCUAGCAUCAGGGUCUAAGGGCUGGUCAAGAGUGCCCUGAGGGGGUGGGUGAGCAUGUCAGCAUGGCCUCUGAGCAUCCCAGCUCAAGUCCACUGCCCACCACUGCACCAACCUGCCCCCCCAAGCUUGGAUCCAAACAGCCAUCAGACCCCUAAACAACAAACCCCACAUUGUUCCCCCAGCUGGCUCAGGCUGGGAGGACAGUGGCUCUUUCCCAAGGCCCGGCUGGCCAGCUGACUAAUUUUGCAAGCCAUUCACGUUGGCAGGCCCUGGAGGCCGUGGUGGUGGCCGGGCCUUGGCGCCAUCGUCUCUCCCCAAAAACUCUGAGCUGGCCAACCGGCAUGGCAGGGGAUGUCCUUUGUGAAAGAGGUCCCCAAAACAGGAUGCUGAGAUGGCGCCCCUCCCGGCCCCUGUGCCUUCCAUCCUCAGCCCUCCCUGUCCUAAGCUUCACCUCAGCUCACCCGGCCUCGCUUCCGACACCCCUUCAGAAGCCAUCAGUGCAUCCAGGACUAAGGGGUGGGUAAAGAAAGGGUUGUCAGGAAAACGAGGAGGAAACAGCCUCAUCCUUCACUGGCAAGUCUGCCUUUGGCCUCCUCUCCAGCCUGCUCCCCCCACCCCUCUCCAGCCUGCUACCCCACCCAUCUUAAGUUUCUGCAGACAAAGCUAGGGGCUUCAGUCACCGUGGCAACAGGUCUGCAGAGAGAUGGGUGGGUGUCAUUCCCGGCACAAAGAGUGAGCGCAUGGUAGCACCGUCACCUAGCAACGCUUCCCUCUCUCUUGGCGUCCCGGCCCUUGGGGGUGGAUGCCAGGGAGAGAAAACAAGGCCGUUAAGAUCCCCAGGAGAAGGAGGAGGGAGACUCGGGCAUGGGGCAGGCUGAGGCCAAGGGGUGUGGGUGGGUGGACAGAGGAAAAUGGAGCCCAGGGUACUCGGAAAUGCUUGCCCCCCCACCCCCUACCCCGUCAGGACUCUUCCUCAGGCCCCAUGCGGAUGUCCUAGGUAGGCCUGGUGGGUUAAGUCUCCGGGGUGGGCCCCAGAGCUGAGCUUCAGACAGGGAAGGGUUCUUCCAAAGAAAGCUGGCCUUGUUGGUGGCAGGGAGUGAUGGGUGCAUAGCCUGAGGCAUCACUUCUGAUCAACCUUGUGUCAGCUUCUCAGAGAACAAACAGGGCAAAGAUGCCUUUUGGAAGGACCCUGAGAGGUGGCGCAAGGGUGGGAGACCAGCAGGAGACACUGAGGCCAUGCUGGUG